CUGGAAAAACAGCAACACGGACAGUUCCUAGCAGAAUCCCAACGGGAACAAAACAAACUGUAAUGGUAACUGACCUCUCCACUUCAAAUUUUGACUUAAUUGCGCAUCAGAGAUUUGUUACCUAUAAUGAUAUCGGAAUUGAAUCUAUAACGGAAUUUUCCGAAGAGAUUAUUGUAUUUUUUAAAGCGAUAUCCAUUAGUGAAGCUAGUAAUUUUCACCCAAAAAAUGGAUACAGAUUCAUCAGCUCAGUUGCCUAUAAAACUUUCGGAUAAUUAUUCGCAAAAUGAAACCCUCUGCAUACUGAAGGGAGAAGAUAUAAAAGACAUUCCGACGUCAUAUGUCAUCGGUGGUUUCGAAUCUCAUGAGUUGAUUGCAGUCGGCACAUACGUCGACAAAAAUAUCAUUCCUGGUUUUCAGUACAAAGUAAGAAAAAACCUCAGCGAUGAAUAUCUAUUCAAUGGCCAAGCUCGUUUCUUGGAGACAAUAGGUCUGGGCUACGGUAAAAGAUUGACUUUCCAAGGUGAUAGUCUGAACGAAAAUGACAAUUAUUUCUGGUCCGACAGCCGUCUACAUGGGUAUGGAUUCACCUUUCAAGCCAUCUCAUCGAACGCCAUCUUCAGGAUCCUGAAUGCAUCGAGUGGCCAGGACAUUGGAAGGAUCAUUGUCAAUAACCCUGCUAUUUCACCUGACAUCGAAAUUGGCACAGUAAUUCAAGAUGAUGGUAGGAUUGAAAAGAGGGUCGAGGUACAUUUCAUGUGCGAUGUUGUGUUUAGCAGCAGCAUUACCCAGCAGAAUGUUCUGGUAGAGGAUGUUUCAGUCAAGGGUGAGGCGACUGUUGUCCGGAAUGGUGCGACCACCAAGGCAAGAGUUACAAAAAUAGUCCUGCAAGAGUUCAUCCAAGACAACUGCUACAUGCUGCCCGAAGAGUGACUUUGAUAAUAGUAAAAAUUUUUCAUUGUUUAGUUUCGAUCUCACUAAUGUCAAGGAUAUGAGAAGUGAAUACUAAAAUCGGAGUAGAUGAAGUAGAUAGAAGUCACUAUUCAUUUAGCAGAAGUGGAACCAACUCAGGAUCCUUUAAAAAUCUUUGGUGUUGAUUUAUGAAAAUAUUUGUGUAAAUAUUCUGUAUAUAAAGAAUGUAGAAAUCAGGUACUAAGUAGCAUUGUUGGGAUUAUUUAGUCUGAUAAUAGUUUGGAAGAGUAAGGCUUAUUAUCUUCAGUGCUAGAAAUACAUUUUUAGAAAUGUGCGAUAUUUUCAAAACUUCAUUAUUUUAUUUUAUAGUUUUAAAAGAAAAUAAAAAUAUUUCUCUUUGUAUUCAAAUCAAAUUCUCAUACAGCAAAAAUUUGUAGAAUGACAAAUUUUUUCUGAUGAAAUUCCCUAAUUGAAAAUGUAUCCUAUAAGCCAAUUGUAAUUUUACAUUGGAGAAAAUUAAUAAUUUUCUUAGUUUUAUCUAAAAAAAAAUUUAAAAAAGAGAGAUUAUUACAUUAUAUUUCUCUCAGACUAAGCUUAUAUAGUUGUAUUAAAAUGUAAAGAAAUUAUGUAUUACAUGUAAAAAGAGUUAAUAUUUUUUACCUCCUGGAAAAAAGCCCUUUGUCAGUAUUAACGGAGAAAUUAAAUCACAAAAAUGUAAGUCAUUUAUUAUUGUGCUCUUUCAAUGUGCAGUUUUAACACAAAUUGCAUAAGAAUAGAGCCACCAUUCUUAUAUAUAUGUGAAUUUUGUUAUUGAAUGUAAAAACUAAAAUAAAUGUAUUAUACUUGUGAAA